AGGAACUUUUGCAUGGAGGAACAGGACAAAACCAACAGAUCUGGAUCCUAAAUUUCCUCUCCCCAAAACAGCAAAUCCACACUAUUUUUAGCAAUGUAAUACUUGCAAAUUAAAAACUACCCCAUGCUUACAACUGCAAAAUUAACAAUGCGGAUAACUUUUUACGGUAUUGGUUAUUUUUAAUGUUGGCUGUCCUUUGUCUUUAGAAGCUGACUGCCUAAAAUUCAACUCAUGAAUCUUUUCUUGGCAUGGAGAUUCAGUGAUAAGAAAAGAAAAAGAGCCACUGGUCCAUGCUCAAUAUUUUUCUGGUGUGCCUUUUGGCCUGUACUAUCACCACAUUGGUGGGAGUGUUAAUUGUGUCCCUGGUUUGUGUCAGCAAUGCCGGCUUUAAAGUAGAACCAAAACCAGAACUGAAUGUAGAAAAACGUGAAGCCAUUGCUGGGGAAACACCGAGAACAUCUCCAUACCAAACUCAGGUGGACCUGAAAUUCCAGUUUCUCCAUCAUCUCAGCAAGUCCAAGAAACAUGAGUUUCCAGGUGGUACUAUUCAAUGGUCUAGAUUUCGAAAGAAUGUGAAAGAAUACCAGAAUCAGGAAGAAAUGGCAUUUGGAAGAAGCAUCAAUGCUCAGCGUUCCAAGAUGUCCUUUGGAACCUUACAAAUCAAGAGCCAAGGGUUGCGGGCACCACACUGGCAUUUCAAUGCCAAUGAGCAUGGCUAUCUCUUAAAGGGCACUGCUUGGAUAGGCGUGGUUGAUGCUGGUGGAAAUACAGUUACCACAUACAAUGUCACAGCAGGCCAGAUCAUUUUCUUUCCUCGCAACACACUGCACUGGCUCAAGAAUGUUGGAACAGAAGAUUGUUUGUUCUUGCUGUUUUUUACAACCCACGAAGAGCUACAGACUCUGGAUAUGGACGAUACAUUUUUCUCAACACCUGAAGACAUUGCAUCAAGGUCAUUAAAGCCUCAAGGUGGAGUGAACUUCAUCAGGACAUUCCAGAAACAAGUAGAAGACCAAGCUAUCAACCUUCCACCCAACCUAGCAGAGCUUGUUCAGAACACUGACUAUAAGCAGUCUGCAGACAAUCUUGUGUGGCGGUACUUCUUUGAUCUCAAAGGGUCAACUGAGUUCCGUUUUCCAGGCGGAAUAAUCCAGUGGGCACGAUAUGUGAAAGAUGGAAAAGGCCUGAAACCCAGUGAAACCAUUUACAGUGAGUUUCUCCACUCGAAGGAAGAUGCGCUUACCUUGGGAACACUCCGGAUCUAUAGCAAUGGUCUACGCCAGCCCCAUUUUCAUUUCAAUGCCAAUGAGAUGGGAUAUGUCAUCAGUGGAUGCGGAAAGGUAGGUGUUAUUCUUUCGCCUUCACUCACCACUGACUUCACCAUUGGGGUUGGAGAUGUUGUAUUUUUCCCAGUUGGCACGCAACAUUAUAUCAAGAGCACAUGUGAUGAGGACUUGCUGUUCAUUUUGGCAUUCAGCACUGGAAACCAGCUGCAAACUCUUGAUAUGGAUGACUAUUUUCAUGCCACAGCAGACCAUAUAUUGGCCCAGCUUUUCUUCAAAAAGCAAGAUGAGUUUAAGAAGAUUCCAAGGUUUAAUGAGGAUCAGGCAAUUAAUCUGCCAUAGCAACUUGUAAUAACAGCAACUUUAAUGAUAUCUGCAUGAAUUCACUGAUUAUUAAUAAACAUAAUGCUGCUGCCUUUAGUUUUGUA